ACUCAUGAAAAAGAACUACGCGUAGUUAGGUCUCCAAGUCAACCACCUUCACCUAUGAAUGUGUUGUGUGAAUUUUCAUCUGGUGAUUCUAGUCCGUGUGAUGAUGAUCAAUAUUAAAGUAAACUAGAAUUCAUAGGUACAAAAUUAUCAAUUCGUGAAAUUUGUAAUUCUGUUCUCAAUUCUAAUUGCUAUGAAAUUAGGAUUUUAGAACCUACAAAAACAGGAAAAUACGAAAAGUUUUUAUUACUUUUAUAACAAUUAGAAUUCCCCAAGAAUGGUAAAAUCAAAGAGAUAUUAUACUUUUUAAUUUUAAUCCAACUUUUGAUGUUUGUUAAGAUAAAUAUUCUAUAAAGAAGUAUUUAAAAGAAAAGUAAUUUAAAUAAUUAAAUAUAAUAAUUAAUUAGAUUCAAAGAUUACUUAUUUAUAACGAUUGAAGAAGUCUAAAAAAUUUAUUUGGCAGGGGAAUAAGCAUAUAUCAUAAAAAUAAAUGAAGAUAAAUCAGCCCAAUUCUUUUAUUAUAAUAUGAGUUAGAACUAACCAAAACAUAAGAAAUACAUAGGAGAAAACUUCUAAGUAUGAUUUCAAUAGUCUAAAUUAUAAAUAAGGUAGGAAUCUUGCAAAAAGUUAGAGACAAAUAAAUUUCAUAUAGAAUAAUUCUGAGAUUUUUACCAGUUUAUUUUUUUAAGGAAAAACUAGAAAAAAUUAUAUUUGAAAAAAAAAAUGAUAAACAUUAAAUAGAUUAUAGAUUUAUAAGUAUAGAGGAGUUGUUUGAAUGUAUAAUCAAUAAGCUAUUUUUAGUUGAAGGUUGUAAAUAUGGAAUUAUUUAUUGUGAUGAUUUAAGGUAGUCUUAAUAACUUGUUGAUCUACUCAAUAGGUAUUUAAAAAAUAUAACCCAAUAAGGUAUUUCUUUGAAAGAAAAAUUUCUUAACCAGAAAUUAUUGCAAUAGAUGAAGAAGGAAAAUGUAUCUCUUCAGUUUCUUAUCAAUAAGAAUAUUAAAAUUUUUUUAAAAUAAAUAAUGAUACAUAGAAAAUGAUGAAAUAAAUAUUAUAAUAAGAAAUAGAUAAGGAGAUUUAAGAAAAAUAGGAAAAAUAAGAGAGAUAAGAAAAAUUGGAGAGGUAGGAAAAAUAUGAGAAAGUUAAAUAAGAAAAGUACGAAAAAGAAAAAUUACAUAGUGAAAAAAGUAUCUUUAAUAAUAACGAAAGAAAAAUAUAAUUAAGAUAUUAUAAUUAACGUUAUUGAAAUAAAUA